AAUAUGACAAUAUAAAAAAAGAAAUUCAAUGAAACAAAAUCGAAUCGAAAUCCAAGAAAACGUUGAAACUGAUCAUCGAGAGAAAAUUUAAUUUCAAAGCCGCCUACUAAUUGUGUUUGAUCAAAAGAGCCUUUUGCCUACAGCACAGCAUCAAAUCGCCUUGUCAUGCCCCAUCAUCAUCAUCAUCGUCUACUUCAGACAAACAGUCAGAACAAUUUAACAUUUCUAAAAUCAAAUUACAAAUUCAAACGCAGAAAUAUGCUGACAAUGCGCGCACUUCCUGUCCCGACGACAACGGAAGCGCGUACACCAAACCAAUUAGCGGCAACAUUGUCAAAGACGUCAGCAGCAGAAGCAGCAAAAGCAGCAGCAGUACCAGUAACAUCAUCAACACCAGCAACAUCAUCAGAAACAACAACUACCACCAACAGUAGCCACAAAUGUAGAACAAUUCUAAGUUUAUUUAUAGCAAUCGCAUGGAACAUUGUGCAAGAGUCGGCCAAUUGGUUCCUCCAACAGGCCGGUCGCAUUGAUCGUCUUGCUAUUCCCGAUGAUGCUGGCCAUGACGUCAAUACGGCCCCAUUGAGACAUCGUUGUACACGCAUUGCUGGUACUGCUGACGACGCUAAUGACAAGGUGUCAACGGCACGUGAACAGCAACAGCAACAGCAACAGCCGCAGCCACAGCCGCAUCAACAGCAACUUGGGAACGACUACUUAGCUAGUUCUAGUCAGCCUUGCACGAGAACAACAUCCGGACCAGGCCAGCAACAUCAUCAAUUGCAGUUGCACUCUGGACAGCCACUGAUGACUUUGUUAAUUGGAUUGUUGCUACUAAACAUAAGCCUGGCGGCAGCUGGUACCUGCUGGCAAACGCAUCUUGGCAGCGGUAAAUGCAAUCAAAUCUUUUCAACAAAUAUCACUAAAACGGAAUGCUGUGGCGCCAGUCAGACCUUCUCCUACACCGAUCGAGAAUUGAGCAGCGUUGAGUACUUCUUUGCGACGGCCAUUGGAGGAGGCGUUGAGUGUGCACCGUGUAUGGAGAAUUGCAAGAGCUUUAAAUGUGGGCCAAAUAAAAAGUGCGUUAAACGUAAGGGAAGGCCAAAAUGUGUUUGUGCCCCCGAAUGUGGAGCAGCAUUGCGACGAAAGCAACAACAGGAGCAACAUGAACAACAACAACAACAACAACAGAAACACUGGGGCAUAAAAACUCAACGCGGUUCACGUAGUCUAAGUAGUGAAAUUACAAACAUCAAUUUAGAUAUAAAUGGCGCCAAACGCCAACGUAAACAUAGCGAUAUCGCUGAUAACCAAAGAAAAUCAGAGCAAGGGAAUCCAAUGCCAAUGCCAAUGCCAAUGCCACAACGCCAGAGUCAAAAAAAGGCGCUGGGUGAAACAAAACAUAGAAGACUUUUGAUUAUAGACAGCAGCAGCAGCAGCAGCAGCAGCGGCAGUCAGAGUAAGACCAACAAUGGCAGGGUCGAGAUGAGAGGUUAUGAAACGAGACGAAGGCAUAGAAAUAACCAUGGCAAACACUUAACAAGAUCAAUGAUGACAGGAGCCAAUGACUCGACGCCUGCGCACCAAACGACUCAGUCUAGACACAAGUUAGCAAAUGCUAAUGAACCCGCCAACGACAUUAAUAGGCAACAGCAGCAACAACAGCAGCAACAACCACGCAGGCGCAAUAACAAGAAGCAUAACAAGGAUCAGCGCAUACGAAUUGUGGCAGGCACAUCAGCAGCAGCAGCAGCAGCAUCAGCAGCCACCACCACCAGCUCCACCACCACCACAUUGCUGACAGUAAAUACCACAAUGUCUGUGUCUGGGUCUGGGCCACAUCGUCGUCGUCUGUAUCAAAAUGAACACGGAAGUGAAAUGGCUGCGUCAUCGGCCCAAAGCCAAAGCCAUAGCCACUUGGCUAAUGCCGAUGACUUGGCAUUUCUGGGUGGAAUUUACGAGCCUGUUGUAUUGCAACAACAACAGCAACACUCGAAUCCGGUUUGCGGCUCCGAUGGACGCACCUACAACACCGAAUGCCAACUCCGCAAACGAGCCUGCCGUUCCAACAAUGCCCAACUGGAGGUUGCCUAUCGAGGGCAUUGCAAAACUAGUUGUCAUGGUGUUCAGUGUCUGAAUGGACUAAUGUGUGUGGAGGAUCAGUAUAUGAUGCCGCAUUGCAUAUCCUGUAAUAUUGAGUGUCCCCGACAUAAUGGAAAUCGAAGAGACAAUGAUGAUGGCGAUGAUGAUGAUGAUGAAUUGGACUUGGAUGGCUAUGGCUACGAUGGGGACUACGAUGAGGAGCGUGCUGUGUGUGGUGUCGAUGGCAAGACAUAUAGAAGCGCUUGUGAUAUAAAUCGUAUGAUAUGCAAAAUUGGGCGUUCCAUUGCUGUGGCAUAUCCGGGACCUUGUAGAGCGGACCGCGUCAGCUGUGCGGAUAUCAAAUGUGGCCCAAAGGAUACCUGCUUGGUGGAUCUGCAGACGCAAAUGCCGCGUUGUGUUUCCUGCCGCUACAAAUGCUCCAGAAAGCGGCAACAACAAAGUGGGCAAGUGCAGGUGGACAAAAUUUGUGGAUUCAAUAACCACACGUACAAUUCGUGGUGUGAAAUGCGCAAGGAUUCGUGUGCCACGGGCUAUUUUAUAGGUGUCAAGGCGCAGGGGAGUUGCUAAAGAGAAAGAGAAGAUUAUAGAGAAACGGCAAAUUAAUUAGCAUAUAUAUAUACAUAUAUAGAAUGCUCUAAAGGGUAUUCCAUACUAUCCAACAUCCAAAGAUUCUCGUUGUGCGUUACAUAACUUUCCACAUAUAUAAAUUAUGGAAUCUACAUAAAGAAAAAACAUUUAGUAGUAUUAUCAACAACACACACACAUAUAUACACACACACUGACUCAUAUUAAAAAACAUACUUAUAACAAGUCCAAUCAUUAUUAUUAUCCCACACAAAACCAUCUACGGCCAGAGAAACCACAUAUCUUAAGAGGCUUUUGUAUUUUAACAUAAACACAUAAUACUACAAAUCUUAGGCUAUAUAUAAUUAAAUUAAACAACUUACAAUUUAAAUUAAAAUUACAACAAUUUGUUUGUUUAUUCGGAGACACGCGAAAUAUUUAUUUAGAUCUAGUAUUUGAUUAUUAUUAUUAUUACUUUAUAUGACGAUUAUUAUUAUAUUAUUAUUAUUUAACUUUUUCUUUUUUUUUUUUGUGUCUUUUGCCUGUUUAUGAGCGAAGCUUAAUUAAUUAAUUGACUGAUAGCUUAACCUUAUAGCAAGAUUUUCUAUAUACACACACAAUUAUAUAAUAUAUAGAAUAUAUAUAUAAAUAUAUGUACUUAUAAAUAUGUUUGAGUAAUUGUUAAUUAAAUGUGUUUCAAACUUA